AGCUAAUUUUCCAUAAUCAGCAAAGAAAAUUCUGUGAAAAGCUUUUCAUUUCAAUUUUUCUCUAUUCUCUACGUUUCAACUUACAAUGCACCGAGUCCUUCGCCAUUCCCAUUAGGCAAAACAAAACCCAAAACCACACGCAAUUUAAAAAUACUAACAAUAAUGCGGUGUUGCAUUCCUACGCUGUUGGCGGUGAUCGCCGUGCUGGUGUCGGCGGUGCACGGCGCUUUCCUACCUCUCGAGAGGAGCAUUCCUCUCAGCCACCGCGCUGAGGUGGCGGAGCUGAGGGCUCUUGACAGAGCCCGCCACGCCCGAAUGUUGAGCGGAAUAGUCGACUUAGCAGUCCAAGGAACAUCCGAUCCAAACACCGCUGGGUACGGGUUGUAUUAUACCAAAGUGAAGAUGGGAACACCUCCUAAAGAAUUUAACGUUCAGAUUGAUACGGGGAGUGAUAUAUUAUGGGUGAAUUGCAAUACUUGCAGUAAUUGUCCCCAGUCUAGUGAACUAGGGAUUGAGCUUAAUUUCUUUGACACGGUUGGGUCGUCCACCGCUGCGUUGGUGUCCUGCACGGACCCGAUAUGCACUACCGGGGUUCAAGGUGCUUCUGCUGAGUGCUCCACGAGGGCUAAUCAAUGCAGCUACGCCUUUAAGUAUGGAGAUGGAAGUGGGACUGCAGGUUAUUAUGUUUCGGAUGCAUUGUAUUUUAACUUGAUCGUGGGUCAGCCUCCACUUCCACCGGUUAACUCUUCGGCUACCAUUGUUUUUGGGUGUAGCAUCUAUCAGUCUGGAGAUCUGACUAAGACAGAAAAAGCAGUUGAUGGAAUUUUUGGGUUUGGUCCAGGUGCUCUAUCUGUUGUAUCGCAGUUGUCAUCACGCGGAAUAACACCCAAAGUCUUCUCUCAUUGCUUGAAAGGAGAUGGUGAUGGAGGAGGCAUUCUAGUUCUUGGCGAAAUAAAGGAGUCAAGUAUUGUUUAUAGUCCACUUGUUCCAUCACAGCCUCAUUACAACUUGAAUCUUCAGAGUAUUGCUGUCAAUGGGCAACUCCUUCCAAUUAAUCCAGCUGUAUUUGCAACGUCUAAUGACCGAGGAACUAUAGUUGACUGUGGUACAACGUUGGCAUAUCUUGUUCAAGAAGCUUAUGAUCCUCUAGUCACUGCUAUAACUACCGCCGUGUCACAAUCUGCUCAGCAAACUAAUUCCAAAGGAAGUCAGUGUUAUCUGGUCACAACCAGUAUAGGUGACAUUUUCCCUUCAGUCAGUUUAAAUUUUGAGGGUGGAGCUUCAAUGAUUUUAAAACCAGAGCAGUACCUUAUGCAUAAUGGUUACCGUGAUGGUGCUGAAAUGUGGUGCAUCGGUUUCCAGAACGUACAGGAGGGAGUUUCAAUUUUAGGAGAUCUUGUCCUAAAAGAUAAGAUAGUUGUGUAUGACUUGGCACAUCAACGAAUUGGAUGGGCUAACUAUGACUGUUCUUUGUCUGUAAAUGUUUCUGUGACUACGAGCAAGGAUGAAUACAUCAAUGGGGGACAGCUAAGUGUCAGCAGCUCCGCAAUAAGCGUUCUUUCUAAUUUACUAUCCGUAAGCAUUGUGGCUCUGUCUUUGUACAUAAUAAUGUUAGUAUGAAAAAAUUUAAGUAUGUGAAA